UUGGCAACGUUAAUCAAAACAAAAUCCGUGUGAAAACUUUUGGACAGUGAAUUUCUAAACGCUUUUCCACAAUUUAUUUAUUUUUUUCUUAAAUAAUAAUAUAAACUUUUACCAAUGGGUACCAAAAAUAAACACAAAAAGAGUACAAAGCAGAAAGAACAAAGUACGGAAGAGAAUAAACAAGAUGUGAUCAAAACUGAUCAAGAAAUAGCAGUGGGAGAAGGACCAACCGAUAUAAGCAUGGCUGAAGAGCCGGCUGAGGAAGGAGAACACAAGAAGAGCUAUAGGAAACGUAAAAAGCAUUACUACAAUGCUAUAAGGGCACAAAUGGAAUUUUACUUUGGUGAUGCUAAUUUGACCAAAGAUCGUUUUUUAAAACAACAGCUCGAUAAAGAUCCAUAUGUUCCCUUGGAGAUUUUUAUGACAUUUAAUAAAAUGAAAGCUUUGACCUCCAAAGUGGAGGAUAUUGCAAAAUCUUUAAGCAAUUCUGAGCUGCUGGAGUUGGAUGAAACACAGCAAAAGGUCAAGCGUAAAAUACCGUUAGCUGAAAAUCGUAAUGUUGAUGAGAAAACAUUAUAUGUGGAGGCUUUGCCUUCAACAGCGGAUCAUGAAUGGGUGCGGCAAAUUUUCGAAAGAUUUGGCAAAGUUGCCUAUAUCUCCCUGCCAAAAUAUACCAAAUCACGCAAGAUCAAAGAAUUUGGUUUUGUGGAAUUUGAAAAAGAGGAUAGCGUUAAUAAAGCUAUUAAAGCUUUCAAAGAGUUUAAUGGUGUCCUUAGUAUGCAAGAAAAAGAUCCCUCAGAACUAACCAGCGUAAAAUCUUACAUUAAGGAACAGUCAGGAGAAAAGGAGGAGGAGGACACUACAUCAAAUGCUACAGACAGCAGGAAAAGAACUAAAAAUGAUGAUACUAUCGAAGAAACCGAACCUAAAGCCAAGAAAUCUAAAAUUGAAACACAAGAUGAUACUGAAAAUUCGCAAACAGACAAUGCUACGACUUCUCAAUCGGAAAGCGAAAUAAAGGCUGAGGGUUUGGAUGAUAAAACGGUCGAGGAAGGACUUAAGAAAAAGAAACGCAAACGGAAGAAGAAAUCUAAAACCACCGAAUCCCUAAAACUUAAAGCUGAGCUCAAUACUGAUGUGGCCUACUAUGAACUAAAAAUAUUGCCGAAAAGAGAUUGGAAACGACUACGCAAUAAAUAUCUUAACCUACAAAGAGAAAAAGUGACCGAACUGAAACGUAAAGCUUGGCGUGAACAACAAGAACUAAAGCAGCAAAAAGAUGCCGCACUGGUGGAAGACAAUAACUCUUUACCAGGUGGACAGCAGGAACAAAAGAAAAAUUCUAAAACUGGUAAUAAGCAUAAAUUACAGAAAAUGAAUAUGAAUUUCUAUGGGGCAGCCGAAGAAGAGCCUCCCACAAAAGUAAGCAUUAGCGAGAAGGUACCAAAACAGAAUCCCGCAUUGGAAAGGACACCCUUAUUUAGCUAUGAACCGGGUCUUAUAGUUGAAAUUUCAUUUCUAGAGCCUUGUGUUAAUAUUAAGGAAUUUAAAGCCGAUAUGCGUCAAUAUAGCUCGGUAAAAUAUGUGGAUAUCAAAGAAGGUGCUAUGCAAGCUUAUCUACGUUUAGAGUCUUCUCAGAAAGCAGUGGAAUUUAUGCAACAAAUCAGCUGUGCUGAAUAUCAAUGCAAAAUAUUAUCCGAUGAAGCUGAGGCAAACUAUUGGCAAAAAAUUGAAAAAGAUCGAGAGCAAAAGCUAAAUAAACAAGUAAAAAUACCACAGAAACGGGGCAGGGAGAAGGUAAAGAAACUAAUUACUAAACAUAUACGUUUUGGAGAUGAUGAUGAGUGAAAUACAGUAAUAACUAAAAA